CAAAAAGUUAUCUCAGAAUGUCACACGUUGAAGAAUUUCAAGAGGUGGAUGUUUCCACUGAAGAACUGAAACAAAUCACAGAGAGACUUAUGGAGCAAAACGACGCUUUGAACAAACAUGUUGAGAACAUUUGCAAGAAAUUGCAAAAAAGGAAAGACUUGGAUGCUUCAUACAAAGACCUGAAAAAAUCACGGAAAGCUGCUAUCAAGGAAAACAAAAGACUGGUGAAGCAGGUGGAGAGUCUAAGAGUGGACGUCGAAAAGCAGACCCACGUGGAACAAAUGUGUGAAGAGGAGAGGAUAAAAACCUCUCAGGUCUCUGAAAGUAACCAGGAGCUGAGGACAGUAAUUGAAGCACUUCAGUCCAAACUUCAGCAACUGAAAGAAAUGAAAAAAGACAUUUCUGGCUUCAAGUCUGAACAAAACAUUCUGGAACAAGAGAAGCGAGCUCUGCAAUCUCAACAGAGGAAACUCCAGAAAAAGAUUGACCGCAAAGCACACCUGGAACCGGAUUUGAAAAAAGAAUUUGAUGACUUCCAGGCUUUGAUACAACAAACUGAGGAACUAAGGCAAAGCCUUCAGGAGUUGCAAAACCAAAAUGAGGAACAGAAGAGGAUGGAAGAGAACUAUCCUUCAAUGACACAAGAACGGUUACAACUCACAGAUCUGAAGGCUCAACUGGAAAAAGAGAUUUCUGAUCAGAGACAGCAGAAGGAGGAAACACGUCAGCUGAUUGCUCAACGUGAGGAGGAAAAGAGACAACUGGAAUUGCUUCAAGAACAAACAAACGUUCUCACAGCAGAAAGAAAUGCUCUAACAGAAGAACUGAAACACCGAGAAGCUCUGGAGUCUGAAUGUAAGGAGAAACAAGCAGAAACCAACAACUUGGUGAUACAAUUUUUCAACCUUGAACUCAAUGUUGCAGAGCUGAAGAGCAUGAUUUCAGAGUUUGACGAGGUGGAAGAAAAACUCAAUGUUGCAAAAGAGGAAAAUUUGAAGAAAAAGAAUCAAAUAGACCUUUACUGCAAAGAAAUCCAAGACCUGAAGGUUCAGAUACAAGCUUCACAAAAGGCAAUGGGUGCUCUAGAGUCAGAAAUGAAAGAUCUCCGGGAGAAAAAUAAGGAACUAAAAGAGGUUCAAGCUGAAUAUCAGAGAAUCUCUGAAGAAAAGUCCAAACUGGAAGACAAGAAGAAGCAGCUUCAGGAGGAGGUUUCUCAUCUGAAACAGCAGCAAGAGGAAGUUUGUGAACUGGCUAGCCAAUUUAACAACGUACUGGAUAAACUAGGACCCCUUCGAGAGGAAACAAAAGACCUCAAAGAAGAGAAAGAAAUGCUGACUGAUCUUCUGAAACAGCGGCAACUUCUGGAGACCGACUAUAAGGAGAUAAAAGCAGAAACUGACCAUGUUGCAGAAGAAAACUUCAACCUUCACGUUGAAGUGGAUGAUCUGCAGAAGAAGCUUUCAAAUUUUGAAGAUGUGGAGGACAGAGUUCUAAAAGCAAAGGAGAAAAAUUUGAAUGCAAAGAAAGAACAGGAGCUUCUCCAGAAGCAAGUUGAAGACCUGCAGGUUCAGAUACAAGCUCCACAACAGGCAGUUGCUGCUCUCGAGUCAGAAAUGAAAGAUCUCCAGAAGAAAAAUAUGGAACUUAAAGAGGUUCAAGCUGAAUAUCAGAGAAUUUCUGAAGAAAAGUCCAGACUGGAAGACAAGAAGAAGCAGCUUCAGGAGGAGGUUUCUCAUCUGAAACAGCAGCAAAAGGAA